CUCUUGACAGUUAUCCGUACUUUCUUGUAUUUUCUCGAUUCUCGUUGCUAUUGUCUGUUCUUUAUGGCUAAAAGUCGCAAGGAGUUCAAUGCAGGAGUGAUUCAGCUCAAGCAAUUUUGGGAAUCGAAAAUUGACAAGCACAUGGAAGAAGUUGAGAAGAAAAGCAAGCCAACACCUGUAGGUGUGGCCUCAGCAAUUGUAGUCCAGUUAUUGGCAAUUGGAUUUGCUAAUUUUAUCAUAUGGCUUGCAAAGCCUAGCAGCAGUAUUUUUUCAUGGCAUCCUACAAUGAUGACAUUAGGCUUUAUGGUUCUAAUGAUGGAAGCUAUAGUUAUAUUCUCGCCUUGGUUUUCAGUCGGUUUGGGUGGUUCUUCACACAAUGGGAAGGUGUUCUAUCACUGGGUACUUCAAGUUUGUGGUCUGGUCUGUGCUUACAUUGGCCUUGGGGUAAUAUCUUAUAAUAAAUUCAUCAAUGGUUAUCCACACUAUACCAGCUGGCACGGUUUCAUGGGGAUACUAGUCUGUUGUUCUCUAGCAGUUCAAGCCUGUGGUGGUAUCAUUGAACUCUACCCUACUGCUCUUCCUUUUAAAGUCCGUAAAGUUAUACUCAAACGUCUUCAUGCUUUCUCCGGGACUGUUACAUUUGCUGGAGCGAUGAUAACGCUAUUCUUGAGUCUUUACUCAAACUGGUUUUUGAAUCAAGUUUCAAACGUGUUCCUCUGGACCGCACUGGCUGCCUGUCCUAUACUAAUACUGGUCAUUGUCAUUGGACAGUUUGGAAGGAACCAUAUCUCACUAAUGUUUAGAAGAAAUUGAGUUUUUUAAUCAAUUUAUUUUGUGAUGUAAUUUCAAAAUUUCACAUAAAAGCACAUUAAUUUUUUGAUUUGUCUCUUUCUUUGAGGAUUAUCACUUUGUGUGUGUGGGAUAGAAAAUAAA